AUGCCUCGUCCUGGAAGAAACACCUACAGCGACCAGAAACCGCCAUAUUCCUAUAUCUCUCUCACGGCUAUGGCCAUCCAGAGUUCCCCUGAGAAGAUGCUUCCUCUUAGCGAAAUUUACAAGUUUAUCAUGGACAGAUUCCCGUAUUAUCGGGAGAACACACAGCGAUGGCAGAACUCCCUACGUCACAACCUUUCAUUUAAUGACUGUUUUAUUAAAAUACCACGGAGGCCAGAUCAGCCAGGGAAAGGGAGUUUCUGGGCUCUGCACCCAAGCUGCGGAGAUAUGUUCGAGAACGGGAGUUUUCUGAGGCGCCGCAAAAGAUUCAAAGUAACUAUAACAUCGGACCACUUGGCACCCAGCAAACCUGCGGACGCAGCGCUCUACCUCCAGCAACAAGCUAAACUUCGACUGAGUGCGUUGGCGGCGACAGGAACUCAUCUGCCGCCUAUGAACGGUUAUAACUUGGGAGUGUCUCAAUCCUCCUCUUUCAAACACCCAUUUGCCAUAGAAAACAUCAUUGCUAGGGAUUAUAAAAUACCAGGGGGGCUGGCUUUCACCACCAUGCAGCCCAUGUCUGCGGGUUACCCUCUGCACAACCAGCUGUCCACAACUUGGCCGCAUAUGUACAGCAGCACUGUGAUGGACACAACAGCACCCAUCUCUAUGCCAAACGGUGAGUACUCCACUUAUGGAGUCCCGCUCAAAUCCAUUUGCCAAGGUGGACAAACUCUGCCCGCCAUCCCGGUACCAAUCAAACCAACCCCAACCUCAGUGCCGCGUAUUUCUGCGCUUCAUUCACACCUUCCGACUUUCCUCUCGAGCUCUCCUCAGUCCCUGAGUCCAACGUCCCCUCAGACAGCAAUCAGCCAAAGCAGCCCAGCAACACCCGGCAACUCACUCACGAGCCCGGCAUCUGUUCUCCUGUCUGUGGCAGUUCACUGA